AUGGACGAGUACGAGAAAUACGAUAACGGUGAUCUUUUAAGAAGCCGAUAUGAAAAAGUUACAGAUAUCAGUAAAGGCUCAUAUGGUUUAGUUUCCCUUGCUAAAGAUAAAAAACUAGAUGAUAAGCUAGUGGCAGUAAAAUUUAUAUAUCCUUUGGAUUAUAAUACAGAGAAUAAGUCUAACGAAAAAGGAAGUGGACGUGCAAGCUCAUCACCUGCGAGAUAUCGUUCAGUUGUAAAUGCAGAAACACAGCGCAAGAAUUCUAUUUUAAAGGCCUUAUACGAGGAGGCUGCAAAGGAAAUCUCAAUUCACAAGAUUUUAGGAGUCCACCCCAAUGUCACGUCCUUAUAUGACCAUUUUGAUUCAUGUUUAGUAUUAGAAUAUUGUUCCCGAGGUGAUUUGUACGAGGCUAUUCAAAGUGGGGAUGGUCCUACAACUUCUCAGGACAUUAAAGAUGCAUUUCUCCAGGUUUUAAACGCUUUAGAAUAUUGUCAUUCUAAGAAUGUUUUUCAUAGAGACUUAAAACCUGAGAAUAUUUUGAUUGGUGAGGAUUGGUCCAUUAAAUUAUGUGACUGGGGUCUUGCGACAACAACCCGUAAGAUCACAAAUAGGAACGAAUUUGAUAUUGGUUCUGAAAGAUAUAUGGCUCCUGAAUUAUUUGAUGAAUCAAUUGACCAUUAUGAUGCCUCAAAAAUUGAUUUAUGGUCAAUUGGGAUUAUUUUAUUAACUUUAGUAUUUCAUAAGAAUCCUUUUCAAGUUGCAAAUUAUUCAGAUAAAAGGUUUAUUCAAUUUGCUAGUAACAGAGAAGCAUUGUUUGAUAUAUUUUCUACAAUGAGUGGUGAGAUGUUCUCGGUAACUAGAUACUGUCUUAACAUUGAUCCUGAUAAUCGUGACUUGCAGAAUUUGCAAAACGAAUUGACAGCAUUGAAGUACUUCACAAUCGACGAAGAAUACUGGGCAAGUGAUUAUGAAGAUGAAGAUCUAGAAGAAGCUGAUAUUGAUGAGGAUGAGGCUGAUGAUAAUGAAUACUUCGAAGAUGAUGUGGAUGAUUACUAUGGUCACAACGAACCAAAGAAAGGUGUAUCAGUAUCGAUUUCACCGACUAAAUCUAUACCUUCAAUCACCACUACUGAUACUGAAAGCAAAUCGAUUAUAUGUUUAAAACCCGAGACUGAUUCUACAACAGAGAGUGAUACCAUGAAUUCUAGGGCAACCGAAUUAAAAGAUGCGACAAGUCAUGAGCCAAAUAUGCCACACAAUCAUAGAGCAGAUGCAUUAUUAUCCUAUAAUACCAAUAUGAAGCCGAUUCCUAUCUCUGAUGGCAAUGUUAAGUUUAUUCGAAACACAAGGAAACCUUUUAAUGUUGCUUCAUAUAACCAAUCGGCUAUCAAUAGUCAUCAUAAACUGAAUAAUAAUUACAAUAGCUAUAAUAACGGUAAUGGAUUCAAUAACAGGUUUAAUAGAGAAGAUUUCUUUACUCCUAAGUCAGUAUUUAAUCAUUAUAUGGACAAAUACGGCGAGCAGAGAUCCAAUAAUGCUGGAAAAUACCAACAUCCUCAUCAUCAGAAUAAAUAUAAUAAUAGAAGUGAUUGGAAAAGAAACGGUAAUAAACGUCCUUCAUGGAAAAAGAAUUACAAGACAAAUAACUCAAAGCAAAUUAAGGGUCGUAAUUCAUAUUAUUGUAAUAAUUAUAAUAAUGAGAAUGAUGGUUAUAAUCAUUAUUAUUCUAACUUCAGUGAUAGAAGGAAAUCGCAUCUGUCUUAUCCAUCUAAAUCAAGGAAGAAUAAUACAACAGGUGAUUCACUUGCAAAUUCUUUUCAUGCUCUUAGUCAUCAACAUAAUUCUACAUCUGUCAAUUCAUCUACCUCAGGAAAAUAUAUACCUCCUUAUUUGCGGUCACCACAGUAUAUGAAGUCACCAGAUAUUGGUCCGUUAGCUGAAGAGAUUGAUAAUUUGGACUUAAACCACGAUGAUGAAGAAGUUUUCCAAUUGGAUGGCGACUUUGAACUUGGGAAUAUUAGAAACAAUGAAUCGCGAGUUACAAGUAAUAAACCACUGAUUUCAGUAACUAACGGGGAUAUUGGUUUCAAAAAGCCCAAUUUCAAAGUUCCAACUUAUACAAUUCCUAGUGUUGUUUCUGAUAAUCCAGUUUCCGGACAUGGUAGUUACAGGACUAGUAACCAAAUUCAUUCUCAUAAGAGUGCUACUUAUCGUGGAAGUGGAAAUAAUACGAGACGUAAUUCAGCGGUAACGUCAAAUAGUACAAGACCUAUAUCCAUGGGUAGUAAUGCUUUAAGUGAUAUUGCACCUACUUUGCUGUCGUCGUAUUCAACUAGUGGAAAGUAUAUUCCUCCAUUUAGAAGAAGCUCACACGGGCCGAUAUGUAUUGGUUCGUCGACUAAUUCGCAAUCUAUCAAUGCAAAGAUCAAAAAUCAUUAUGUUCCUAAUUUUCAAGAUAAGCGAAAGAUUCCAGGUGAUGAAAAGAAUUCAAACAACAUUCUAAGCCAGGUGAAUGAAAACAGAAUUGCCUCGUCCUCUGUACCGUCUGAUAAGACAGAUUGGUUUUCUUCGAGAAAGGUGUAG